CAGCGCUUCAUGGAUGUCUGUAACAUUUAUAUUCAACCUAAUGAUGUAUUUAAAUGAUCGUAUUAUGUGAAAGCUCCUGUAUUUAUGCGCGGGACUCUGCGCGGGAACAUUUCAGACACGCAAACUUCAUUUUUUUCACACCUGCACAGCGGGGGAUUUGGUUGCAGACUCUGACCGUGAAAAGAUGGAUUUAUUAAAGCUCUGAGAUGAUCUCCCAGUGGCCACACAUGGCACACCGCUAAGUGAUGAAGGCUUCUGAGACAUUCUUCAUCCUCAUCCUCCUGUACAGGACUGUGUGUGUAUCAGGGAGGACUAUGAAAGAGACAUUGGAGGAAUGGAACCAGUACAGGAAUGAAUGUCUCCUCCGGAUGCAGACAGAGGCCAGGCCUAAAGGGGUGUUUUGUCAUUCUAUGUUCGAUAUGUACGCCUGCUGGUCAGAUGGAAAACCUAACUCUACAGUCAAGGUGCCCUGCCCCUGGUACCUGCCGUGGUACAGCCAAGUGCGUAAUGGUUUCGUGUUGCGGGAGUGUGGUCCUGACGGUCAGUGGGCCACCGAAAACUCCAGCCACACCUGGAGGGACAAUUCUCAAUGCAGCUCUGACAACAAGCAACAAGAAGCCAGGGAGAAGCAGAUGAUGGUCUUAGCCUACUUCAGAAUCAUGUACACUGUGGGUUACUGUGUCAGUCUGGCCAGUCUUUGUCUGGCUCUGAUUAUUCUGAUGUUUUUCAGGAAGCUGCACUGCACCAGGAACUACAUCCACACCAACUUGUUUGCGUCGUUCAUUCUGCGAGCUGUUUCAAUCCUGACCAGAGACGCUCUGCUGAGCAGAGACCCUCCUGAGUUCAGGGACAGCAGGAAUGUCUCUGAGGUACUCAGUGAUCAGGCAAUGUCUGGCUGCCGCGUGGCUCAGGUGCUGAUGCAGUACUGCGUUGGAGCCAACUACUACUGGCUGCUGGUGGAAGGCCUGUAUCUACACAAUCUGCUGGUGCUGAUGGUUUUCCCUGAAAACCGCUACUUCGGUGGAUACCUGCUCAUAGGCUGGGGUGCUCCAGUGUUAUUUGUUGUUCCUUGGAUUAUUGUACGUUACCUGUUUGAAAACACAAGGUGCUGGGAGGUAAACGAGAACAUGGAGCACUGGUGGAUAAUCCGCACUCCCAUCCUGUUGGCCAUUCUGGUGAACUUCUUCAUCUUUAUACGCAUCAUCCAGAUCCUUGUAUCCAAACUGAAGGCCCAUCAGAUGAGGUACACCGACUACAAAUUCAGACUGGCCAAGUCCACCCUGACCCUGAUCCCUCUGUUGGGGAUCCAUGAACUGGUCUUCGCCGUGUUGACAGAGGACCACACAGAGGGCGUCUUUCGCGAUGUCAACCUCUUUUUUCAGCUCUUCUUCAACUCUUUCCAGGGUUUACUCGUAGCCAUCCUCUACUGUUUUCUCAACAAGGAGGUGCAGGCGGAGAUAAAGAAGAAAUGGCAGAGGUGGAAGCUGGGGAUUUCUGACCUGGAUGACCUGAGAAACACUGGCAGCAACACACCACAGGUCGGCGCCAGCGUGCCACUAUCUGGCCAGUGCUACCAUCCUUGCCUGCCAACCGCCGACUGCCUGGAUGACAGCCGCCUCUCCGCCCCGGCCCACUACCCCUCUCCUCCUCCUCCUCCACCUCCUCCUCCUCCUCCUCUUCCUCCUCCGCCUUCUCUCCCUCAGCUCCCCAUUCCUCACGCCUACACACAGCACCAGGAUCAGCUGGGAACCAGACAGCUGAAGACCUACUGCUAUAUCCCCGCUCAUAGACAGGAUGGAGGAGGAGGUGAUGACGAGAAGAGCUGUGACAGCUACUGCUGAAAAUUCGACAUGGCCUUAAAAGUCUUCUGGAAAAUGAGGUCAAAAAAACAGUAAUUAGUACAUCCAAAACAGACCCACUGACUCACUGAGAGGAUGUAUCAUCCAUUGUUAUGUCUGUAGAAAUAUUUAGAAAACAUUUUUAUCUAGAUUUAAAGACAAAGAAAUAAAUGGAUGGAUUCACAUUUUCCUCAGUGCCAGCUGUUGAUGAUAUCACACAGGAAUUUGUGCGGAGACGGCCCGUCACUCGGAGGAUCUUUAGGAAUCGUGUGUUUCAUCAGUCCGGCUUUCAUGUCUUAAAUUAACAACGAAUUUCAACCAUUUCCUGGUGUGCCUCUGUUCAACUGACCCGGCAGCAUAAAUCAACAGCUGACAGGACUCAUCUUCUCUGAUUUCAUUCCCACUGAGGAAGCAACACCAGUUUUAUUUCUUUUUAUAGCCCUGAAAUUGUUUUAGGUUGAAACAUGGAAAUGUGCCAAACUUGUUUAAUUGAACAGUUUUUACUGUUAAAGGGAUGAAACCUCAACGGUAUUUACCCUCUUUCCGAGAAAAGCCAAUCUCCGUCCACUCAUCUGAAGCAUCACACCAGUCACACCCAUCCUAAAAUAGUCAUCUCAUUUCACUCCUCAUGGUACACUUAUAGGUUAAUUAUUGUUUAGUUGUUUCUUAGCUCAAUUUGUUCAUCUUUUCUUCAUAUGUCCUAUUACUAGCUUACAAAUUAGUGCAAUCAUUUGAAACCAGUUUUCAUCAAACACCAAUAAACAUUGCCAGACAGUGUUAUUCAGGAGAGCAGCCAUAUACUUUCUUGAAAAGUCAAUACAUUCAAAACCUAAUGAAGACUUGUAUUGGUUUUACCAGUGUUGGAUGCCUGUUUCAGCUAUGAAUUACACAUGGUAAUAGAUACUCUAUAAACAUAGUGCAGGGCCUGGUGCAGUUACUCCUGUCAUGUCAGGUCUCCGUUCUUCUCUCUGCACGGCUUCUCGGCUCUUUACUUUGCUGCUUCAUUUCGUCGUUCAGAGUCUUGUUCUGAACCAGAUUCAGUUUUUCACACAUCUACAAUAUAGACUUAGAUUUAUGACCUCUAUUACCAACAGAAAAGGGAAAAACCCCCGCAAAAAUUUUGCUGAUAACUAAAGUCAUUAUUAGUUAAUCUAACUUUCAGAAAGGAAGUUCCUCUGUCACGCUUCCUUCCCUUUUGAUGGGUGUAUAAACUCCUCAGUUACACUUCACAUAAGACUCCAGAUUAAAUUUAUAAUACAGCUGCUGUCUAGCAGUGAGAGCAAGAGGAGGGAGAAGCAAACGCCAUACAAGUUUGGCAUAUUUACAGUACAACUUCAUCACCAUGAGGCUUGUGCAAGAGGCAGGUUUACUCAAGUCAAAUGACAUGUUCCAGCUGUUACUUGGCAAAGUUAUCGAGAUUCGAUCAGUAUCACGUUCAUUCUUACAUAACUAUGGCUCGGGUGGUUUAUAUAGAAAAAGUAUUGGGCUUAACAACUACUUUACCAUCACAAUUACUACUUAUAGUUUUUUUUUAACAUUUGUUUUAUCUAUAGGGCAGAAACUGGAGGAAGAAAAACAAACGUUUGGAGACAUUGAGCUGAACGGGCUGUUGUGGUUUAAUUCAGCUGCUUUCUGUCACUGUUGAAUCAUGUCACUGUGUAGCAACAUGUCCAGUGUUACUCGGAAAUGGGAUUUAAAAACUUCCAUGAAUCAAACCUGCAACCGUUGGUGUAUUUACUGUCACUAACUGCGUGCUGAGAGAUAAACCAGCGUGUGAUGAGUCAUUUCCUUUUGUUCCGUCCUGCUACCGAAGGACAAAAGGUCAAAAGUGUCAAGCGACGGUGA